AUGGGAUUGACUAGAAGACCAGGACGACGCGCAGCCGGCGGAGCAACUGGUCCGACCAGUGGCGGCGUGAAAAAGGCUACUUUCGAGGCGGGCCGCAAGAAGGAAGUGGGAGUCAGCGAUCUCACUUUGCUAUCCAAGGUCACCGAUGAGGCCAUUUUGGACAAUCUCAAACAACGAUUCUUCUCCGGUCUCAUUUAUACUUACAUUGGACAUGUGUUGAUCUCGGUAAACCCUUUCCGUGACCUGGGUAUCUAUUCUGAACAGGUUUUGGAAUCCUACCGCGGCAAAAACCGCCUUGAGGUACCGCCGCAUGUUUUCGCCAUUGCUGAGAGCAUGUACUACAACAUGAAGAGUUAUGACGAGAGUCAAUGCGUGAUUAUCAGUGGUGAGUCCGGAGCUGGCAAGACCGAAGCUGCAAAACGGAUUAUGCAGUAUAUUGCUGCCGUAUCUGGCCAAUCCACUUCCACGAUCUCUAAAAUCAAGGACAUGGUUCUGGCCACCAACCCUCUUCUCGAGUCUUUUGGCUGUGCUACGACUCUCAGAAACGACAAUUCCUCGCGCCACGGCAAAUUUUUGGAAAUCCUGUUCAACGCCCAAAACGAGCCGGCCGGUGCCCACAUCACAAACUACUUGUUGGAGAAGAACCGCGUAGUCGGUCAAAUUCGUAAUGAGCGUAACUUCCACAUUUUCUACCAGUACACAAAAGGUGCGCCUCAGCGCUAUCGGGAAAUGUAUGGUGUUCAGACGCCCGACGUAUACACCUACACUUCCAAGUCCGGUUGUACUUCGGUCAACGGCAUCGACGAUGUUAAAGACUUUAACGAGACUUUGCGGGUAAUGGGUAUCAUUGGUCUAAGCCAACAGGAACAAGAUGAUAUCUUCAAGAUGCUUUCCGCCAUUCUCUGGCUUGGCAACGUCACCUUCGUUGAGGCCGACGACUCUUCAACCUCCAUCGGUGACCAGUCGGUGACCAAUUUCGCUGCAUACCUCCUAGAUGUUGAUGCCAAUGCUCUCGCUACUGCUUUGACGACUAAAAUUGUAGAGACAGGUCGUGGAAUGGGCCGUGGCGAGGUCUUUGAGUCUCCGUUGAACAGGGUGCAGGCCCUUGCUGUCCGGGAUGCGUUGGCAAAGCAUGUCUACUCCAAGCUAUUCGAUUGGAUUGUCGAGCGUGUCAACAAGUCGCUCUUGACCCAGAUUGAGGUCAAAAAGUCGGUCGGCAUUCUGGAUAUUUACGGUUUCGAGAUUUUUGAGCACAACAGUUUUGAACAGAUCUGUAUCAACUAUGUCAAUGAGAAGCUACAGCAAAUUUUUAUUCAGCUCACGUUGAAAGCUGAACAGGACGAGUACAUUGAGGAAAAGAUCCAAUGGACUCCCAUUGAUUAUUUCAACAACAAGAUUGUUUGUGAUCUUAUCGAAGAAAUCCGUCCUCCAGGAAUCUUCGCUGUUCUGAACGACGCUUGUGCUACUGCGCAUGCCGACUCCGAUGCUGCGGAUCAGUCUUUCGGAAUGAAACUCAAUAUGUUGACUUCAAACCCUCACUUGCAGGUCCGUUCCAACAAGUUCAUUAUCAAGCACUAUGCUGGUGAUGUCACUUAUAAUGUUGAUGCCAUGACCGACAAGAACAAGGAUCAGUUGGGCAAAUCACUCACUCGUCUGUUGGCUACUACAUCUAAUCCUUUCCUUGCUGGCCUUUUCCCCGAAGCUUUCGAGGAGGAAGAUUCCAGUGCAGGCAAACGCAAACGCAGAGCCACUGCUAGCGACCUGAUCAAACGAAGUGCAAAUGACUUGAUGACCACCUUGGCAAAGUCCCGUCCUUCUUAUAUUCGUACAAUCAAGCCUAACGGAAACCGAUCCCCAACGGAGCUGGUUGACGAGGCGGUUUUACAUCAAAUCAAAUACCUUGGUUUGAAAGAGAACGUCCGAAUUCGCCGUGCUGGUUUCGCCUCUCGUCAGCCAUUUGAGAGCUUUGUUGAGCGCUUUUACCUACUUUCUUCCAAGACUGGUUACGCAGGUGACUACAUUUGGCAGGGAAGUCAUCGGGAUGCUACGUUAGAGAUUCUUCGAGCAACAGGUACUCCGCCUUCUGAAUGGCAAAUGGGCGUUUCAAAGGUCUUCAUCAAAACCCCCGAAACUCUGUUUGCGUUGGAGCACAUGCGUGAUAUGUAUUGGCACAAUAUGGCUUCCCGCAUUCAACGUGCUUGGCGUCGCCACUUCAAGCGGCGUAUGGAAGCAAUCUUGGUUCUCCAAAAGGCUUGCAAGACAUACCUUGGCAUCGCGAAAGAUCCAACUAUUCCUCCUCCUGAUGACUCGUUCUAUGCGGGUCGUAAAGAACGUCGUCGUUUCUCCAUGCUCGGAGAGCGUGCUGCGUAUGGUGAUUAUCUUGUGUGUAACGAUCCUUCGUCUGCUGGCGGUUAUCUUGUUCAGUCGGUUGGCAUUCAGGGCAACAUUCUGUUCUCUGCUCGUGGCGAACAGCUGUUCUCAAAACUGGGUCGUUCGGCUCAGAGGCUGAGCCGUACGUUUAUUUUGACGCCGACAACUUUCUAUACUGUCCGUGGUGACAUCCUUCAGGGCAAGCUUGUCUAUACUAUCGAGAGACAGGUUGCUGUUAGCCUGAUCACAGGCAUAGAGACGUCUACGUAUAGAGAUGAUUGGUUCGCAGUCCGCACACAGUCUAAAGAAACCAGCGACAUGCUUUUGUGGUGUCUUUUCAAAACCGAGCUAAUUGGGUUGUUGCAGCACCAAGUUAAGGUAGCUCAAGAGAUCUCUUACUGCAAGAAGCCGGGCAAGGUGGCAGCUAUCAAGUUCGUCAAAGAUGGACAGGGCCUCUACGAUACUUAUAAGAGUGGUGUUGUUCACGUUGGUCAAAGCGGUCUUCCUGGUAACACACCACGUGAAGAAAUUCCUAAACGCAAGAAGGCCUCGCGGCCUGCGCAACCACGGCCCGCACAGGCGCAACCGGCACAGCGACAAGCUCCCCAGCCUGUUCAGAGGCAGCCACAGCCACCUGCCCAAAGACAGUCUACGCAGCAGCAUCAAGCACCGCCUCCUCCACCGCCCCCUCCUGCACCUCCUGCCCCGCCCGCAGUUCCUCAGUACAAGGCCAUGUACGAUUUCCCCGGAACCAAUGCCGGUGAGUUGGGAGUAAGUGCGGGCGAAGUGAUCACCGUCGAACAAGACUCGGGCAAUGGAUGGUCGCUAGGAAAGAACGCUUCGGGUAGAACGGGUUGGGUUCCGACAACUUACAUCCAAAAAGUCGAAGCAGGAGCGCCGAGUCUAGCGUCUGGCCUGGCCGCAGCCUUGAGCAAUGAGAGCGAGCGCAGCAACGCCAUGGCUUCUGACUUGGCUAACGCUCUUCGCAAGCUAUAG